AUGUCCCACCGCCAGCCCCCACCGCAACCGACCCGGGGCUCACGGCCCCAGACCGCCGCAUCAUCCGGUCCGGCGCCGAAGGCUUCCGGCACCAAGGCUCCCGCUCCCUCUUCGGCUCCCGCUCCCAAGACCACCUCCAAGCAGUCCACCAUCACCGCUACCACCGCCACCACCACAACAACCGCAACUACCACAACACCCAUCUUGGCGGCACCGAAGCCCGUCCGCCCCGUUGCGUCAACACUCCAGCCCCCGGCGCCGCAGUGGACGGGAAACCCGAGCCCGCCGUCCUACACCAGCUUCAACGUCCCGCCGCCCGCGAGCCCGGCUCCCAACCCCGGCGCUGGCGGCCUGCCUGCUCCCUCGAGGAUGGCGUCCUCGCCCGGUGUUUCCACUUCGAACCGUCUGGCCAACCUGCGCAGCCCAGGGCCCGGCGCUCUCACCAGCUUCCCUACCCCGCCGACGCCGCCGCAGCAGCAGAGAGAAGCGACGAGUUACUUUCCCAAAGACAUCAGCACCACCCAUUCCCCCCCGAAGAAGCCAUCGACCCCGGUGCCCGCCCCUACCCGGCGGCCUCCCCUCAGCGUGGUGCACGGAGUCUUGACGCCUCCAGAGAAGGCAACGAGCCCCGUCGAAGCAGCAGCCCCCGAGACGAAGCAGCGGCCCGGCGUCAUCGACUUCGACAACCUCGAAGAGACCCUGCAGAACCUGCGCUUCGCCCCCUCGCCCAUGCUGUCCACCAUCUACUCCGUGCCGUCGACCCCGCGAGACGAGCUCACGACGCCCGACUUCCCCACCGGCGCCACCUCCUGCUUCACGCCGCCGUCCACGAACCCGACCCCCGAGCCCCUCACGCCGCUCGACCCGACCCCUCCCCGCGGCGGGGGGCUCCCUCUGCCAGCGGCGGCGGCGAUCAAGGAACCCGUCAUCAUGCCGCCCACCAGACCGCGCGCCAACUCCCGCAGGGCCAGCCCGCCCAACGGGAAACGCGGCCGCGCCGUCGUCGCCUGCAUCGACACCCCCGUGACCUUCAGCACGACCUGGUACGCCCACCCGGCGGCCCCGGACUUCUCCGUCUGCUCGCGGUGCUACGAGGACCACCUCGUCGGCACCCGCUUCGAGCACGACUUCCGCGGCAAGGUAUGCGGCGACGGCGAGCCCCGCGCGUGCCGCUUCAGCAAGCCGCGGGUCAGGGACCACCUCCUCCGCGCCACGCUCGCCACGGGACGCAUCGAGGACCUCGUCGGCUUCCUCCGCCACCGGAGCGCCGUCCCGGACUGCAAGGGUUCCGACGGCGUCAGGGGCAGCGAGCGCGGGGCCAAGUGGUUCCGCCCCAGGAACAACGCCGUGCCGAACAUGGUCGUCUGCGAGGCCUGCUUCGAGGACCACGUCCAGCCCCCGCGCUUCGCGUCGUACGCGGCCCGCCUGCGCGAGGCCUUCCUCGCCGCCGACGCGCAGCCGCUCGAGGCCUACGCGCUCGAGUUCGCCAGCCUGCCGCCGUGCCCGCGCGACGAGGACGUCCGCGACCGGCGCUGGUACGGCUGGCGCGACGGCUGCGUCGCCUGCCCGUCGUGCUACCGCGAGUGCGUCCGCGGCACGGCCCUGGCGGCCUCGAUGCCGCUCAGGGGCGACGUGGUGGCCGCGAGCCUCGCGUGCGAGAUGUACAGCCCGCGCAUGCGCGCGCUGUACGCCGACGCCUGCGCGUGCUCGCCGCCCGACGCGUCGGCGCUGCUGGAGGCCGGCCGCCGCCGGCGCGCCGUGUACGUCGAGACGGUGCCGGCGAUCCGCGAGAUGGUCAUGGGGCUGCAGGGCUCGCUGUGCGGGAACCAGGUCGACUCGAUCCUGGCCGGGUACGGGUCCGCGUCGCGGACGCAUGUUCUCAGGGAGUUGGAGAGGCGAUGGAGGGAGGUGGAGUGA